AUGGUGGAAGCAAUGAAGCUGGCACUGCCAUCACUGGUAUGUGUUCUACCCUACAAGAGAAAACACCAGCGCAAGGCUGGUACUGGUGCCAUGCACCUCAUGGUCACUAUCAAAGUGCCAGUCAUUGUGGAUUGCCUCAAAGAAGCCAUAUCAAGCUCAAUGCAGUAUGAGAAUGGGCUAAGCAGCCGACACCAGACCUGCCAACAGAAGUCUCAUGCACGAUUGAGGAGUGAGGUCCCUGAUACCCAAGACUGUAAGCUUCCCAGGAAACCCUUGCAGUGUGUUGAAGAUGACAUGACCAUGUCCGACACAGGUGGCUUGAGUGCACAUUCUGAUGAUACAGAUGGCAACUAUCAUGCAAGCAGUGAAGAGGAUGGCUCAAUGAAAUCACCUUCAAAGCAUCACAGACUUCCCACACAGCCAUCUGGCCCUGCAUCAUGCUGUCCUUGGUAUCAGAUCCAAAGAGCAGCAGCCACUGCAGGUCAUGAAGGUGUCAAAUGGCAGGACAGCAGGGUGCAAACAAUGACUGUGAAGGACCAUUCCACCACCCCCUGGAACAUAGAUCAUGUGGCCCAAGUUGUUUUUGAGAUGAUCACAGGCUGUCCAAUGACCGCCUCAGAUCUUGCAGGCGAGAUGACAGCCGCGGCCAACACUGGAAGAGAUUACAGUGAACAGAAGGUUGAGGAUGUGGGCGGGAGAAGACAUCACUGGACUCAAGAGGAGGAGGUCCGCCUAGUGGCCCUGAAGCAGGACGGCUUCUCUUGGACAGAGAUCAAGGAGCAAUUUCCACAGAGACAACUCAGCUCCUUGCGGCAGCGAUGGUACACAAAACUUCAGAAUAUGCACGGAAGCAACCCCCCCACCAACAAGCAGAGGCAAGAGUGGAACUGUAAGCGCGCCCACCCGAUCCCUGUUUAUAGCCCCUCAACUAAGUGUGUCGUCGUGCAGCAGUCAGUGAGCCUCUUCCAAUAUCUAAGCUGCCCACGCCCCUUGAAACUUUCACAUUGCUAUCCCAGUGGACAACCCCAAGCAGCAGAUGACAGGGCCAUGCUGAAUGCGAAGCCCCGCACACCAUCUCCAUCCUCAACAGUGACCACCAUGUGCUUAGUGUGCAAUUCUGUGGUUGAGGUGGAGGCUUCCAGUGCAUUCAAUACCGCCAACAAUCGCAUGCGGGUUAGCGACCAGCUGUGGUUCUGUACUGCCCCCGCUAUAGGAGUGUUGUGCACAAGAAAGUGCAGAAGCAUGGCAGGAAAAUUCUCUCCUGGAGUGUCCUGCACAGCACUGGCUACUAUGGCCUUAAGAGGCCAUGAGGUCCUCUCAGCACAUGUCACGUCUCACUUUAAAGAUGCCGUCGACUCACUGACCGGCAUCAAUAGUGUGGUGUUGAAAUAUGGGACCAUUGUGUAUGCCCAGGAGGUCUUGGUUCCCAAACUUGGCUGGGGAGGACCUGGGAGUCGAUGCCAAAGAGGCCCGCCGGAUUCUAAAGGAGAGCAACCAGAUCAGGAAUUUGCUUAA